UUUCGAGGCCGUGGCAGGCCAUGGCGAGCUCGGAGCGGAGCGCGCUGCUGACGUACCGCCUGUGCGGCGCCUCGGGCGAGGAGGAGCGGGGCCGGGAGCGCGGCCGGGCCGCCGCCACCGCUACCGCUCACCGCAAGCUGCCCACCUUCCUGGGCGUUGUGGUACCCACGCUCCUCUCCAUGUUCAGCGUCGUCCUCUUCCUGCGCCUCGGGUUCGUGGUGGGCCAUGCUGGUUUAUACCAAGCCCUGGCCAUGUUUGCAGUGGCAUACUUCAUUAUCGGUAUGACAGUGCUGUCUGUGUGUGCCAUUGCCACCAACGGGGCUCUGGAUGCUGGAGGAGCCUACUAUAUGAUCAGCCGUGCCCUGGGCCCAGAGUUUGGGGGCAGCAUCGGGAUCAUGUUUUUCCUGGCCAACGUGUGUGGUAGUGCCCUCUAUGUGCUGGGGCUGGUGGAGGCACUGGUAGACAGCUUUGGAAUCCCACUUGGGCAAAAAGUGGGCACUGGCAUCCAUGUCCUGCCCCAGAGCUACUGGUAUGAACUUCUCUAUGGUACCGUGCUGCUGGCCCUUUGCCUCCUUGUGUGCCUUGUGGGUGCCUCCAUCUACGCCAAGGCCACCUUCCUCAUCUUCCUCAUUGUUGCGGGUGUCCUGGGCACCAUCCUUGUCAGCUUCUUUGCAACACGGCCCCUCGGAGUACCAAUCCACCUGCCCUACCUCAAUGGCUCUAAGACUGAGAAUGGCAACUUCACUGGGUUCUCCCUCGCCACCCUGCAAGACAACCUGGGGGGUGGGUACGGGAUAGACUAUACCACCGGGCAGAGGAUGAGCUUCAGCUCUGUCUUUGCGGUGAUGUUCAAUGGCUGCACCGGCAUCAUGGCAGGCUCCAACAUGUCAGGGGAUCUGAAGCGCCCAAGCUACUCCAUCCCACGGGGCACUAUUUCCGCUGUGCUUUUCACCUACCUCGUGUACAAUCUGCUGGCUUUCCUCAUGUGUGCCACCUGCAACAGGAUCCUCCUGCAGAAGGACUAUGGCUUCUUGCGUGACAUCAGUAUCUUCCCGCCCCUGGUCACCGUAGGUAUCUACGCUGCCACCCUCUCCGCAGCCAUGAGCAACCUCAUCGGAGCAUCCCGCAUCCUCUAUGCCCUGGCCCGAGAUGAUCUCUUUGGCCGGGCGCUAGUGCUGGCCAAGAAGACCUCUGCCAAUGGGAACCCAGUGAUGGCUGUGAUCCUCUCCUGGCUGGUAGUGCAGCUGGUGCUCUUCUCUGGGAAACUCAACACCAUCGCGGGGGUUGUGACCACCUUCUUCCUCCUGGUUUACGCCACCGUCAACCUGGCCUGCCUGGCACUUGAGUGGGCAUCAGCCCCCAACUUCAGGCCCACCUUCCGGUACUUCACCUGGCACACGUGCCUGCUGGGCAUUGCGGGCUGCUGUGUCAUGAUGUUCCUCAUCAGCCCUGUGUCAGCCUCAGCAAGCCUGGGCUUUCUCCUCCUGCUUCUCCUUGCACUCCACUACCUCUCGCCCAGCAGUACAUGGGGUUACAUCAGCCAGGCCCUCAUCUUCCACCAGGUGCGGAAGUACCUGCUGAUGCUGGAUGUGCGGAAGGACCAUGUCAAGUUCUGGCGCCCACAGAUGCUGCUGAUGGUGCAGAACCCACGUGGCAGUGCCCGGCUCAUUGACUUUGUCAAUGACCUCAAGAAGAGUGGCCUUUAUGUCCUGGGCCAUGUUGAGCUGCAGGACUUGGACAUGCUGCCUUCAGACCCACUGCAGCCCCAGCAGGACUCAUGGCUGACCUUGGUGGACAAACUGAACGUCAAGGCCUUCGUCAGCCUCACCCUUGCACCCUCAGUGCGGCACGGUGUCCGGCAGCUCCUCUUCACCUCUGGCCUUGGUGGGAUGCGCCCCAAUACCUUGGUGCUGGGCUUCUACGACGAUGCAGCACCGCAGGACGGUCUAGCCCAGCACCCUGCCUUCACCAGCACCCGUGAGGAGAUCCCCCUGGGCUUCCCCCCGCUGCGGGCACCUGCUGCUCCCAAGCUGCUCUCAGCCCGGGAGUAUGUGGGCAUCGUGGCUGAUGCCCUGAAGAUGCUUCGCAAUGUCCUGCUGGCCCGGCAGCUGGAGAGCCUGGACAAGGCCCAGGAGCUGCGCCGGGCUGCCAGUCCCUCACCUGCCAUCCAUGUGUGGCCCAUCAACCUGCUGCGGCCUGACAGUGCCCGCUACGCCGACACCUGCAGCCUGUUCCUGCUGCAGAUGGCCUGCGUCCUCAACAUGGCACGGGCCUGGCGGCGUGCCUGCCUGCGCCUCUUCCUCUGCGUGGAGGCGGGUACCAUGCCCCAUGCCCAGGAGGAGAAGCUGCGCCAGCUCCUCAAGGACUUGCGCAUCCAGGCCCAGAUCCAGCUGGUGCCCUGGGAUGCUGUCACCCGCCUCCACUGGCAGACCUGCCGGGGACCCCCGGGAGGGCCUGCUGGGGCAACAGAGGAGGAGGAGGAAGAGACCAUGAACUUCCCAGCCAACACCACCCAAGUGUCAGAUGAGUAUGUGUGUGCUGCCAACAAACUCAUCCUGGAGCAAAGCCCCGCGCCAGUCGUGCGCUUCCUCUACCUGCCACGGCCACCGGCCGACACCAGCCUCUACCCACUUUACCUGCACCAGCUGGAGCUGCUCACCCGCGGGCUGGGCCCCACAGUGCUGGUGCAUGGGGUGAGUGCCGUCACCAGCACCCAGCUCUAGAUCACCUCCCAGGUCCCCCCCACCUCCCUUCACCCUCCUUUGCCCAGUGCCUUUAGCAGCCUGAGCCCGGGGCUGUCCCCAGCCCCAGUACCCCCACCAUGGCGGGCAGGAGGCUCAGUGCCUCAUGCUGGGGGUGGGUUAUUUUUUUGGGGGUGUCUCCUGCAGAGGAUGAAAGCUGCCCUGGCAGGAUCCAGGCACAGCCCUGCAUUCACGGUGCCUUUUCUUUGGGGUGCUGGUGGGUGAUAGUGGGGUCCCGGCGGGUGCCAAGCACUGGGUGCCCCAGUUUGCUGGGAGCUCCUUGCUCAUAUCAUGUACCUCCCUCCCCAUGCUUCCCCACUCCUGCAACCCCCAGCCUCCUCUCUGCCAGCUCCUCCGGGCACUCAGCCAGCAGUGGGGAUUGAUUAAAGGCAGCCUCGACCUUGGUGCCCCAGCUCCUCGCCAUCCUCCCUGCCUUUCAUUAGGAAAAAUUAAAUGGAAAGGGGUGGGGGAGGGGAGCCUGGAUUCCCUGUGUGAGGCUGGGAAGCGGGGGGAGCAGCUGGGUGCUGGCCCCAGUGGCUAUGAAGUAUGGCACCCUGUGUCUUGCUCGGCAUCCCCUGUGCUGCUGGGUGGGGGGGACGCAGACGUUUCAAUCUGCAGGGCCCACCUCAAGGGGUCUGAACUCCUGGUCCUGGCAAGGAGGGAGAAAAAGACUGGCCAGGAGGGAGCCUCAUCCAACCACUGCAUCCCCUAGCCCUGUUCUGUGACCUGUUUCAUGGGACAUUGCCAUUUCCCCACACCCAUCAUGACCUGCACAGGGAAGCUGCCCUUUCUGCCUGCCCCCCCCUCUUAUUGAUUAGAGGAGGGCAGGAAAUUGCCUGGGUGCGGGACGAUAAAUCCAUCGGGCGCUUGGCAGGCAGGCAGCGCGCCUGUGCACUGCCUGAUGGAUUGCUUCCUAUUACCCCCCAGCACGGGGGGGGCUGCUCUUGGUCAGGCUGGGCUCCAGCAGUGGGGCUGCCUAUGCCAGCUCUUACCAAGCCUGGCACUGCCACCUGGCAGCUCUGCUCAGCUGGAGGGCUGGAAAACUGGAGGCGGCCGGGUGCUGCUGGGUGGUGGUGGGAGGUUUACUCUGCCCGUUUUGCAGUGGGUUGUGCUCAGAUUUGUGCCCAAGUCCCCACCUCAGUGGGUGGCCAGGGGGGUAGAGCUGGCUUUGCUCCCCCCAGCAGGAGGUGAGUGCCCCACAUUGGGCACCACAUAGCCUGCAGGGCUUAUUUACAAACAGGCGGGAGCUGGCACAGGGCAGCUGGGCACCAGCGGGACCCGACGGCCUAUAAUGUUAAUUAUCACCACGUAAUUAAAAGCCCAUAAAAAGCCUCA